GCGCCAUUGUGAAGGAAAACACGCUGCGUCCGGCCUGUGUUACCUAUGUACUGGCUGCGCGGCAUACGACCUUUCGGCAUUCUGUCUGGCGCUUGAAGUAAGAAUUCAAGCGCUUUCACGGCGACAGCGAACAUGCCAACGCACUGCUGUGUCCCUGUGUGCAAGCAAUACGGAUACGUUGACAAGUCCGGACGAAAGGUGUCAUACCACAGGUUUCCCAGCGACGAGGGAAUGAAGAAAAAAUGGAUCGCUGCCAUAAAGAGGGACGAAGGGCCGCUGUUUAAAAUAUCUAAAGCGACCAAAGUAUGCUCAUUGCAUUUCCUGGAGGCAGACUACUGGGGAAAUGUUGCUAGUGGUCAUUGCCUCCUCAAAGACGAGGCUGUACCAUCCAUUUUUCCAUUUCGGAAAACCAAGCCCCCAAGAAAACCUCCUCGACAGCGAACGUCUUCAGCCAUUCCUGCUUCCAAGAAGAAAUGCACCGAGCUCCACCCACCAGCUGACAGUCCAAUGGAUUUGGCAAGUGCACCCGAUGAGAACGAAGCCCCGCAACAGGAGAUUGUCGCAGACCAGAAUGUGCUUCAGGAGCCUGCUCCUACUAUCCACAGCGAGCUCACGAAAGCAAUUGCUGUGCUGGAGGCACAGCUUGCCACAGCUAAAGACCAGGCAUCUAAGCAGCAGGCAGAAUUAGCCGAGCAGGCAGUGCAACUAAGCAAGGCUCGUGCUGAACUCGCUAGUUGUCGGCCAGAGCUGGAAACUGCGAAGAAUAAGCUGAAAGCACAGAAUAAGGAGCUGGAUGUACUUCGAAGCGAGUUGGUUACUUCCCAGCAAUGUAUGGACAAAUUAAAGACUCAGUAUGCACCUUUUGGCAUAGAAAAAUUCGAAGAAUGUGAUGAAGACAUUCAGUUUUAUACAGGACUGCCCGACUAUGCAACCUUUGUAGAUUUAUUGGACUAUCUGGACCCUGGUGAAAAUGGAUGCAACAUAAUGCGACAUCACAGUACCAGAAUACACAAGAAUCAGGGUUACAGGGGCCGGCCACAGAAAGUGAGUGUACCAAACCAACUGUUCAUGGUCCUCAUAAAGCUUCGUCUCGGAAUGUUCCACCAGCACCUUGGACAUUUGUUUUCGGUAUCUGUUAGCACAGUGUCAAGAAUAUUUUCCAUUUGGGUGGAUUUCAUGUACUUACAGCUGACAGCAUUGACAAUAUGGAUGUCACGGCGAGCUAUUGACGAGGCAAUGCCUCUGGCAUUUGUGGAAAAGUACCAAUCGACUCGUGUGUUGCUCGAUGCAACAGAAAUACGGUGCGAAGUGCCAUCGUCAUUUGUGACACAGUCUGGCCUCUACUCCCAUUAUAAGUCCACACACACACUUAAAGGACUGAUCGGUGUGUCACCAGAUGGGCUUACCACAUUUGUUUCGGAGCUUUUCACCGGGAGCACCUCAGACAGAGAAUGUGUGAGAAGGAGUGGGUUUUUGGACCUAGAUUUUGACAUAGGUGACUCUGUGAUGGCAGACAAGGGGUUUCGAAUUGAUGACCUUAUGGAGGAGAUCGGUGUAGAGCUAAACAUUCCACCCUUCCUCCGACGUGACAGAUUUACUGCUGAGGAAACUCAAGAGACCCAGGAGAUUGCUGCCCUGCGGAUUCAUGUUGAAAGAAGAAUUCAAAGAAUUAAGUGCUUUCACAUAUUUGAUCGCCCCAUUCCAAUUUCAUUGGUACCAGUGGCUAAUCAGAUGUGGACGAUCUGUGCCAUCUUGAGCAACUUUCAGUCGCCUUUAAUUCAGGAUAUGGAAUCCAGCUAG